UAAUAUCCGUCCCUUGCAAGACUCCCACUGACCCCACUUUCCAAUCCUUAAACACACUCCUUAAUUAUGUUUCAGCCCUUGUCUAAGCAAAGCAAUCCAGAGAGAGAGAGAGAGAGAGAGAGAGAGAGUCACUGCCAGAUGCCAAUCUCUCCCUCACGUUACUAUAAUUUGUUGUUUUCAGGGCUUGAGCAGCUGCAGCCGCCUUCAAUAGCCUAACCCAUCUUCAAUCUGAUCCCCUGAUCCCCGUUAACGCCUUUAUGUUGCCCUUCUUGUUCACUUGUACCCUUGGCAACCAGACAUGGUUGAGGCCUUGUGGAUAGAUAGAGCCCCUCCCUCCCUCCCUCGCCAAGAAGAAAGACAAGACGCCCAAUCCAGCAGAAGCAUUAAUGCCUGCUCCACCCUCCCCGCCUUGGAUUUUUCAAGCUCAGAAUAUCAAAUAACCCGACGACGCUAUUGUCAGCUUUUCCAGCCUCCUCUGUCUCAAAAUCCCUCCUAAAUCUGCCUGGCUUGUGGAGGUGAAGUGGCAAAUGGGUUUUGUCAUGGAAGGGUUCAAGGUGGUGAACAACUCCGUCUAUUGCGCUUCCCCCUCUCCUGCAACUGAAGCUAAAGUUGAGACAAAUAGAGAUUUGGAAGAGAACAAGGAUGAGAUUUGUACCCAUAGGUUUGAGGGUUUUGUUGGGGAAAUUGAAGAGGAAGGCAGGGAAAGUAGUUCAAGCUCUGAUUUUUUGGUGUCAGAGGCGACAGUGAAUGAAGAGCAUAGUCACAGCAGCUCUGAGGUCUCAUCUUCUCCCCCUUCAAUGGGGUGGCCUGUUCAGAAGCCUGAGCUGCCACAUUGUGCCCGGUCUGCUGCUUCUGAAGAUUCAGAGAAGCAACAUUUGGAUGGAAGAAAAUUGGAGAAACAAGGGUCUUCAAUGCCAGAGACCGAAAUGAUGAAGGAGAGGUUCUCAAAAUUGCUGCUUGGAGAAGACAUGUCUGGUUGUGGGAAUGGUGUUUGUACUGCUUUGGCUAUUUCAAAUGCAAUUACUAAUCUAUGUGCUACACUUUUCGGGCAACUCUGGAGAUUGGAACCCCUACCGCCGGAAAAGAAAUCGAUGUGGCGAAGAGAAAUGGAGUGGCUUCUUUGUGUUAGUGACCACAUUGUUGAGUUAAUACCUUCUUGGCAGACAUUCCCUGAUGGAAGUAAGCUUGAGGUUAUGACAUCUCGGCCCAGAUCAGAUCUUUAUAUCAAUCUCCCAGCACUGCGCAAGUUAGAUAACAUGCUUCUUGAGAUCUUAGAGAGCUUUGUUGAUAUGGAAUUCUGGUAUGUUGACCAAGGGAUCCUAGCCCCAGAUGCCGCCGAUGGCUCAUCUUCUUUUCGGAGGCCCCUUCCCCGCCAAGAGGAAAAAUGGUGGCUACCGGUGCCUCGCGUUCCUCCUGGUGGGCUUGGUGAGAAUUCGAGAAAGCAAUUGCAGCACAAACGCGAUUGCACGAAUCAAAUUCUAAAAGCAGCCAUGGCCAUCAAUAGCGUUACUUUGGCUGAUAUGGAAGUCCCGGAGGCAUACUUUGAGAGCCUUCCAAAGAACGGUAGGGCCAGCGUCGGCGAUCUAAUCUACCGGUACAUGACAUCUGAACAAUUCUAUCCCGAGUGUCUACUUGACUGCCUCGAUUUGUCCUCCGAGCAUCAAGCGCUUGAGAUUGCCAACCGGGUGGAGGCGUCCAUCUAUUUGUGGCACCGGAGAACCAAUCCAAAGCCCUCGAAUGGCACGAGCCGGACCACCUCCAAGUCAUCAUGGGAGAUGGUGAAGGAGCUGGUUAUCGACACAGAAAAGAGAGAGAUGCUCGCAGAAAGAGCUGAAAGCCUCUUGCUUUCCUUGAAGCAGCGGUUCCCCGGUCUCCCUCAGACAAGCUUAGACAUGAGUAAAAUCCAAUACAACAAGGAUGUUGGGAAGUCCAUCUUAGAGAGCUAUUCGCGGGUUUUGGAGAGCCUGGCAUUCAAUAUCGUGGCACGCAUAGAUGAUCUGCUCUAUGUCGAUGACUUGACAAAGCAUUUGGAUCAGGAUCAGUUCAUGGCAAUCUCAAAGAUAGGCUUGGUUGCUCCCAAGAGCAUUGGGAUUCCAUGCUCCGGCACUCCAUACAAAACGGCUUUCCCCAGCCCCAACUUUUCACCUGCACAGGUCUCAGUCCCCGGCACUGCCAAGGGAUAUGCCGUGAAGAAGAAGAUCUUGACGGAUUAUCUCUCCAUGGAUCCAAGACCGAAAGACGGCAACAACAGCAGCAGCAGCAGCAAAGUCCAAAGAUCGGAUUCGUGUUCGAGCAUAAUUCGCGUAGCUUUGACAUGCCAAACAGAGGUCGACUCUCUCGAGUGUUGCACAGAAUCCGCCAGCCCAUCCAUACAGGAUUCAGCCUGGGAAGAAUGAAUGAAUGAAUGAACGAACGAACCAACCAACUGUGAUUGGCGGCUAUGCAGUGGCUGUGUUUGGUUCAUGAACCGGUUCUUCUCAGUGUUCAAUAGAUGUAGAAAGUAUAUCAGACAACACAACUGCAUUCCAGUGUUCCAUGAGACAUUUAAUUCUUCUGGUAUGGAGAUCUCUUCCCUUUUCAUUGGCUGGUUGAGAGUGAGUGAGAACUCACUCAACUACCUGGAGAAGUGAAGAGGCAUCCAUUUCCAUGUUUCUAAUUAGUUGAUUACAACAGUAUGAAUAUGAUGGCGACUGCAAAUGAUAUUUCUGUACUGGGCAUGGCUUCACAUUAAGAAGUAAACAUCAUAUUUUUUGGGUAAAUAUCAGGAUGAUUGGA